AGUCGGGGAAACGCGGGAAGGAGGGGUGGGACGUCUGGUGGCGGUCGGGAACUGGAGGGGGGAGGCGGGAACAUUGUUUUAAGUUGGACAAAUUGACAAGAGCCAGACAUACACUGCGUUCCAUCUUGACCCAGGGCCACCGUGCUGGGCUCCGUUGGCCCCUCGGCUCGCUUUCUGCAGUGUUCCCAGGCCCCCGCUCCAGGGCCGGGCUGACCCGACUCACUAGCGCUUCAUGGAGAACUUCCAAAAGGUGGAGAAGAUCGGAGAGGGCACGUACGGAGUAGUGUACAAAGCCAAAAACAAGUUGACGGGAGAAGUGGUAGCGCUUAAGAAAAUCCGCCUGGACACUGAGACUGAGGGUGUCCCCAGCACUGCCAUUCGAGAGAUCUCGCUGCUUAAGGAGCUUAACCACCCCAAUAUUGUCAAGCUGCUGGAUGUCAUCCACACGGAAAAUAAACUCUACCUAGUUUUUGAAUUUCUGCACCAAGAUCUCAAGAAGUUUAUGGACGCCUCUGCUCUCACUGGCGUUCCUCUUCCUCUCAUCAAGAACUAUCUGUUUCAGCUGCUCCAAGGCCUCGCUUUUUGCCAUUCUCAUCGAGUCCUGCACCGAGACCUUAAACCUCAGAAUCUGCUUAUCAACGCAGAUGGGGCCAUCAAGCUAGCAGACUUUGGGCUAGCCAGAGCCUUCGGGGUCCCUGUGCGCACUUAUACCCAUGAGGUGGUGACCCUGUGGUACCGAGCCCCUGAAAUCCUUUUGGGCUGCAAAUACUACUCCACAGCUGUGGACAUCUGGAGCCUGGGCUGUAUCUUUGCUGAAAUGUACCUAGUGUGUACCCAGCACCAUGCUAAGUGCUGUGGGGAACACAGAAGAAAUGGAAGACACAGUCUCUGCCCGCUGUGCUCCUAUCUAGAAGUGGCUGCAUCACAAGGAGGGGGGAUGACCCCAGUGUCUACCCCACAUCCCGUGACCCGCCGUGCCCUAUUCCCUGGAGAUUCUGAGAUUGACCAACUCUUCCGGAUCUUUCGAACUCUAGGGACCCCAGAUGAGGUAGUUUGGCCAGGAGUUACUUCUAUGCCUGAUUAUAAGCCAAGCUUCCCCAAGUGGGUCCGGCAAGAUUUUAGCAAAGUUGUGCCUCCCCUGGAUGAAGAUGGACGGAGCUUGUUAUCGUCCACCCUUGUGUCGCUGAAGAUAUCAUACAUCUCUUCCUCCAGCAAAUGCUGCACUACGACCCCAAUAAGCGAAUUUCGGCAAAAGCAGCUCUGGCUCACCCAUUCUUCCAGGAUGUGACCAAGACAGUACCCCACCUUCGACUCUGAUGUCCUUGCCAAGCCUUCGCCUCCACUGUGGGUUUGACCUGGCUUGGCUCUGAGUGAUUUGGACUCAGGCAGGCUCUCUGAUAAUUUCUGGGUGCCUUAACACUUGCCUUCCCUUUUUGUCCAGCCAGCUCUGGGGAUCCAGGGAUGGAGAGGAAGAACAGGUGAAAAUGAGAGGAAAUUUCAGUAUUACAUGCACUUAACUCAGCUUUACUACCCUCUCCCCCCGCCUCUUUGCUGAGGAGCGGUGGGAUUCAAAACAAAACUGACCCCUCCAAUCCCACUUCUCAUCCCAAUCUCCGAAUGCCCUAUAAUUAUUUCCUGUAUUUUAGAUGAGAGAGACCCCAAGUCUUCUGCUGCCACUGUUUUUUGUAAAGGCCAACUUACAACAGGGGGUUAAACUAGAACUUUGGAGAAACAAGCCAAAAAAUAAAAGGGGAAGGGUCUGUUUUUAAAGAGUUAGGUUAAAAAUAGAUCCAAUCACUUAGCCAAGUUUUUGUAUUUCAUCUCACCUACAUGACUGGGAGACUCGAGAUGCAGCUUCAGAAGGGAGGCCCAAGAAAUGAUUGCCCACAGUCCUUUCGUUCCUGCUUUGGGUAAAUAAGAGUUAAGGAGGCCCAAGAGACAGGGGUUGCGCUUGGGUCAGAUCUGUUGCUUCUCCGUGGCCUUAUGAGGCAGGUGAGAGAUGUUCAAAUUUUUCUCUUCCUUUUAGGAUUUUUAAUUGUUCAGUUGCCAGUUGCCUCCUAUCUUCCUUUGAAAGCUACCCCUCACCCUAGGGGAGUGGAAGCUAAGGUUUAGACACAUUUUGAGAGUGCUGACACUCUUCAGGGCUGUAAUGCAGUGGGGGCAUUGGGAAAAAAAUAUUUCUUUAAAAGAAGGAUGAACAAUUAUAUUUAUAUAUCAGGUUAUAGUCUUUUUCUGUCAAAGUGGCUGGAUUUAUUGUUGUGCACCUUGGGGUAUUGUAAUUCAAUUUUUUUUUUUUUUUAGUUCGUUUUAUGAUUUUUGUCUCUUUU